AUGACUGCAAGUGCAAUGUGGCAACCGCUACCUCUGUCAGGUCGCUCUGACCUGCCGGUGCUACUUGCAUCAUUCGAGACGGGGACGACAGCGUACACUUUGCGUGUCACAGACCUGGCCAACCUGUGGAUCGAUAAGCUCGACAGGAAGGCCAUCUGUAUGAGAGCGUGGUCUGAAGAAGCGCCAAUCGAUCCUAGCGAAACCUCGGAGAACAUGGCAAGGCUACUCGAGAUUCUGAGGGCAGCAAUCAGUCCUGUGCAUACCGAGGACGCCAAGGCAACGUUGAGCCUCGCCGCAGACGACGAGGCCCUGAUUCUCAAGGCGCACUGCCCUAUACCAGGGCUGCAGCCCCUGAAAUGGCCCUUCAAAUUGUCCAAAGCUCCGCCUUCAGAGCUUGCCACCUCUUUUGUACUGCCUCUUAUACAGGCUCAACAUUCCCGCGACCGUGCGAUAGAGUCUCUGGUGUCCAAGAUUGCACAGAAGGAUGCAGUGCUCACGAAACUGUCGGACAAGCUUGAAGCAACCGGCACAGGUCUCGAACACGUCUUUCACACCUUGUCUGGGAAGAAAAAGGUCAGCAGAGCUACUGCAGAAUCCAAAGUCAAGGGUCUCGCACCGUUUGAUCUUGGUGCAUGGGAGAGCGAGUUGCACAAAGACGAGUCGCCCGAGAACAUCCAAACGCUGGUGCAGGAUGUGUUCGCACAGCACACUCGGUACACGUCGCUCAACUUGGAUAGCUCUCCAAAGCUGGACAGCUGGUGGCUGGAUUUGAGAGGGACUGUGCAGUUGCCGCAGCGUACAACGCCCUCUGUCCCGGAACAGAGCAGACUGAGAAGACCUGCUUUGACAGAUCCGCCUGAGCCCGAGGAAAACAGUGCCGACGACGAUGGGUUUCAGGUGCAGGCUACGCCUCCUCAUCUUGCCACCUCGGCAUCCAGGAGGAUCGAUCAAGGCGCGGGGGCAGUUGAAGACGACGCAUCAACUGCUAGCGAAGGUGAAGAUGACUCUGGUCGCGUCAGAAGGCCAAGUACGCCUGUAUCAAGAUCACCAAAGGCCAAAGCUAUGGUGGCUGGACCGCGUCUAGGCGCAAUAGGGAAAAGACCCCAGGCAAGAGCUGAUCGUUCACCAAGUGGUGCUACAAAGACAACGGCAACUCUGGCUGGACAAGAUACAGCGGCCUCCGACACAGCAUCCGACGCUAGCGGUAAAGAUGGCGAGAGCGCCAGAGCCACCUCCCCACCUUCACAACGGCCAACGCAAAGAACCCCAGUCAAGCCCCGUUUGGGACACAUCGUUGGUGGUACGAAAAAGGCCACGCCUGGGCAACCUGCUACUGAAGACGAGUUGGGGCAUGUCGAUAAACAACCAGGCGACAGAGCUCCCUCGGGCCGACUAAAGCUUGGCAUGAUCGGCAAGGGUAAGGGUGCAGAAGCUACGGCAAAAGCAAACAGUACAUCACCGGGUGAACGAGGCCGAACCGAAGCAAAGGAAGUCGAUUCUGCCCACAGGGAAACUUCUACGGAGAGGGCUGAUAGACGGCGAGAGGAACUCAAGCGAGAGCUUGAAAGAAAAGCAGCGGCUGGGCCUGUCAAGAAGAGGCGCAAAUUUUAA